CCGGCUCCGGCCGAGGGGAUUCGGAUCGGGCAGCGAUUAAUUCGGAGCGCCGGGACGGGGCUGCGGAGCCGCCGCCGGGACCGGGAGCGGGACCCCUCCGCCCGCCCGGGCUCAAGAUGCAGUAAAGUGGGGAGAAGGAUUCAGAUGUAAAACUACAGCCUGACCAUGCACUGAUGAGGAAGCAGCCCCAUGUACUGACUCCCACUCUCACAUCCCUGUGCCUGAUUUGAAGUGACAGUGAGCGGAAGCAUAAGGUAUCUCUCAUUCUGUUUGGACUCCUUGUUUACAGAAGAGUGAUGGAGAUGCUAUUAAGCACAAAAGGCAUCACCAUAUGCCUGUUUUUCUUUGUAUUGAGUUUGGCAGCAGCUAUUGAAAUACCAUUAUCAGUUUCCCAGCUUCCAACAAUCACAGAGCAAUCCCACACCCAGGUUGCCUACCCCUUUGAUGAGGACUUCACCAUUAAAUGUGAAGCCAGAGGAAACCCGCAGCCCACCUUUAACUGGACUAAGGAUGGAAAACCAUUUGAUUUAUCAUCUGACCCCAGGAUAGUCACAUCUAACAACUCUGGAACUUUUGUGAUCCAAAACCGGGGAAUCAUCAACAAUUUCCAAGGGAAAUAUCGCUGCUUUGCAUCCAACGUGCUGGGAACUGCCAUGUCAGAGGAAAUUGAGCUGAUUGUUCCAAGUGUACCAAAAUUCCCCAAAGAAAAAAUUGAGCCUCUGGAUGUGGAGCAUGGAGAUUCUGUGAUUCUGCACUGCAACCCACCAAAAGGCAUCCCCCCUUUGCAUAUCUACUGGAUGAAUAUUGAUUUGCAGCACAUCCCACAGGAUGAAAGGGUCUCCAUGAGCCUGAAGGGAGAUCUCUACUUUGCCAACGUGGAGGAGAGCGACAGCAGGAGUGACUACUGCUGCUUUGCAGCCUUCCCCAGGCUCAGGACCAUCGUGCAGAAGAUGCCGAUGACGCUCAAGGUUUCCCGCUUAAAGCAUGCUAAUGACUCAGGCUCACCUAACGCUGCUGUUACUAAGGCAAAUUUUAUCAAGGAAAGGAAGCCCAAACUGCUGAUCCCUCCUGAAUCUGCUGGCAGUAGCUCAUCAGUCACUGUCAUCAAGGGAGGUGUCCUGCUCCUCGAGUGUAUUGCUGAAGGGCUCCCAACUCCUCACCUCAGCUGGGUGAAGGUCACAGGAAACAUGCCCAAGGAUGAGCCAGAGACAGAGAAUUUUGGGAAGACACUGAAGAUUGACCAAGUGACAGCAGCUGAUGAGGGGACGUACCAGUGCACGGCCAGCAACCCCAUGGGCAGGGCCAGGCACGAGUUCCACGUGCACGUGGAAGAGCCUCCCCAGUGGCUGAAGAAGCCCGAAGGUGGGGUCUACAGCGUGGGGACAAACCUGGUGCUGCUGUGCGAGGCCAUCGGGAACCCCGAGCCCAGCAUCCAGUGGAAGAUCAAUGGGAUGCCCAUCGAUGGCAGGACCUUCCGAGGGAGGAUCUCCACCAGGGAGAUCAGCCUGACCAACCUGCAGCUGCAGGACAGCGCCGUGUUCCAGUGCGAGGCCACCAACAAGCACGGCACCAUCCUGGCCAGCGCCAACGUCAACGUCCUCAAUAUUGCCCCCCUGAUACUGACCCCAGAUGAGGAAAACUACGCCACAGUCGUGGGUUACAGCGCCUUCCUGCACUGUGACAUCUUUGCUUCGCCUGCAGCAGAUGUCAGAUGGACUAAGGAUGACAGCAUAGAGCCCCUCUCAACGUUUCGCUACGAGUUAAACAAGAAUGGCACCCUGGAGAUCAGGGACACAAAGAAGGAGGAUUCGGGGUCCUACGCCUGCUGGGCUGCAAAUUCUGUGGGGAAAAGAGCAAUCACUGCUAACCUGGAUAUAAGGGAUGCUACAAAACUUGUUGUUACUCCGAAGAACCCCCGAGUGCUGAAAUCACAUUCCAUUUUAUUGAAAUGCCAGGCUGAGUAUGAUUCCCACUUGAAACACAGUUUUAAAUUAUCCUGGAGGAAGGAUGGAGAUGAGCUGCCAGUCAACAGCACGGAAGGUGGCAGGAUAAUUCUGGACAGGGAUACCCUGUUCAUAUCCAGUGUUCUCCUGGAGGAUCAGGGAGUUUACAGGUGUGUGGCCAGCACUGCCCUGGACACCGCCGAGGCCGAGGCGCAGCUUAUCGUUCUGGAUGUUCCUGACCCACCAGAAGACCUCCAGCUCUCAGAAAACCAAAACCGGAGCGUUCGACUCUCCUGGAAAGCUGGGGCCAGCCAUAACAGCCCUGUUAAUGAGUCAAUUAUAGAGUUUGAAGAGAACCACUGGGAGCCAGAGGUGUGGCAGGAGCUGAUCAGAGUGCCAGGGAAUGACACCACAGCCCUGCUGUCCCUGUCCCCAUAUGUGAAUUACCAGUUCCGCGUGGUGUCCGUCAACGCCGUGGGCAGGAGCCAGCCCAGCAAACCAUCCCUGCGCUAUGCGACCCCUCCAGCUGCUCCAGAUAAAAACCCAGAGAACAUCCGAGUUGAAGCCUCCGAACCCAAUGAAAUGGUGAUGAAAUGGGAGCCACUGAAGCCCAUGGAGAGGAACGGGCCGGGGCUGGAGUACAAGGUCAGCUGGAGGCAGCGGGGCGUGGAGACCGACUGGAACGAGGAGCUGGUGAAGAAGCACUCCCUGAGCGUGCGGAACGUGCCCACCUUCGUGCCCUACGAGAUCAAAGUCCAGGCCGUCAAUAAUUUAGGAUCUGGCCCAGAACCAAACAUCACCAUUGGAUAUUCAGGAGAGGACGUUCCAGAUGCUGCUCCUUCGGGUGUGUCAGUGGAGGUCGUGAACAGCACCCUGGUCAAAGUCUUCUGGUUUGGGAUACCAAGGGACAGAGUUCGUGGGCACUUAAGAGGCUACAAGGUCAGCUGGUGGAAAACAAGAAGCAUGCUGGAUGGAAAGAGGCAUCACCCAGAGAAACACUUCCUGACAUUUGUAGGAGACAGGAACUAUGGGAUGAUUCCUGGCCUGGAGCCCUUCAGUGAAUUCCGCUUGACAGUUUCGGCUUUCAACUCCAGAGGAGAUGGCCCUGAGAGCUCCCCUGUGGUGUUUGAAACUCCAGAAGGAGUCCCUGAACAACCACGUUUUCUCAGGAUCCUGAACUUUGACAAGGACUCAGUCACUCUGUCCUGGGGACUUCCCAAGAAAGCCAAUGGCCACCUCACUGGCUACAUUCUGCAGUACCAGAUAAUCAACGAGACGCACGAGGUGGGCGCCGUGAGCAACGUGAGCGUCGCCAACCGCUCGGCGCUGAGCUGGCGCCUGGCGGGGCUCAGCCCCAGCACCAAGUACAAGUUCUACAUCAAAGCCUGCACGGCCAAGGGCUGCGGGAAGGCGGCCACCGAGGAGGGGCUGACGCUGGCCCAAGGCGCCUACGCUGGCAUUUACGAGGGGAUUUCCACCCAGGGCUGGUUCAUCGGGCUGAUGUGCGCCAUUGCCUUGCUCACCCUGCUGCUGCUGACAAUUUGCUUUGUCAGAAGAAAUAAAGGAGGCAAAUAUUCAGUGAAAGAAAAAGAAGAUUUGCAUCCAGAUCCCGAAGCUCAAUCAAUAAAAGAUGAAAUCUUUGGGGAAUAUAGUGACAGCGAUGAAAAGCCGCUGAAAGGCAGCCUCCAGUCACUUAACGGGGACAUUAAAGCCACUGGAAGUGCUGAUAGUCUGGUAGAUUAUGGAGAAGGGGAGCAUGGCAUGUUCAAUGAAGAUGGUUCAUUUAUUGGAGCUUAUUCUGGAUCUAAGGAAAAAGGAUCAGUGGAAAGCACUGGGAGUUCUACGGCGACUUUUCCUCUCCACGCCUAAAAUUGGUGUUUAAUUGUGGUGUUCAUCCUGGUUAGCUCCCCACAGUUACCUCGUGUGCUGGGGAGCAGGGUGCCAGUUGAGCCAGUCAGGAAAAAUCCUGAUAUCCAGGUAAAACAAAAACGAGUCACUGCCACUAAAAGAUGAUUUUUCCAUCCUUAUUUCUAUGUGUUUUCUUCUGAAUAAAACAGAGUAAUUCUUUUUUCUACACGAUGUGUUAGUCUGAGCAAACCAGAGUUUGCUCUGGUGGUACAUCUGUGUCCUUGCCUGCUGCUCCAGGUGUUUCUUAGGCUUGGAAUAUGUUUCUCUGUGUAGUAUUCUCGCCCUGUAUGGCUGUGUGUGUGUGUAAAAUUCCCUCAUGACCUUGGUUACAACCUCGAGGUUAUGGCACCAACAAAACCAGGUUACUCUGCAAAGUGACACAAUGAGGAAAAUUAGAAUUGAAAAUACCAGAGAAAUAUAUUCUAUAUAUUGUAUAAUUUUUUCCUAAAGAAUUAAACCCCUUUGUGUAUGAUAU